UUCUCUCUCUCUCUCUCUCUCUCUCUCUUUUGUUUUUAUUUUAUUUUUCAUUUUUCUAUAACACAACUCCUGCGGCUGCAUUGGAUGCACAAUUCCUCAGCUCUGCAACUCUCUUUCUCUCUCUUUCCAUUUCCAUGUUCAUGGCAAUUUCAAGUGUUCCCACCGCCCCAGCCUUUGCUCCAGCCCCUCUUUUUUGAGUCAUCCAGAAUCAACACCAGCGUUUUUACUCAGAGUAUGCUAUAAAGUCUCAAUCUUUCUGUUGGAAACUUCCUUUUCUUCUAUCAAUUGGGAUACCCAUUUGGCCUUUUGGCAGAUUGUUGCCUCAGGAGUAGCCAUAGGCCAAGUUUUUCUCUGCCUGUUGGAUUUUUAAGGCUCUGGAUCAGUUUUCCUGAAGGGUUUCUCUCUGAUCUGUUUGGAGACACAGAUAUUAGUUUGAGGUUUUUGUGGCUGUGGUCAACUUUGAAGCUUUUACAGUUUCAGGAGAUGAUCAUGUCUCUCUGGAGGCUUGUGAGAUUGAGAAAAAAAGGGUCAAGUUAGCCAUCCUUAGAUGGUGUUUUUUUUUUUUUUUUUUCUGAUUUCAAAGCCCUUAAUUUUUUAGGGAAUUUUGUCUGUUUUUGUUUGAUAUAAUUUUGAAGGGCAUGGAUGUUUAAUUAGGGUUUCUGACGUUUUCCCCACCUGAAAAAGUACUUGGCUUUUGAUGAUUCUGGUUAGUUUUAUGCAGCAGACAUCUUUGUGUUAACCUGAGUAGGGUUCUUCUUAGGAGUGAGGAAACUGAGGUUGUUCAAAAGGUUGUUUGUGUGUUAGGAUGAUGAUAUGCUAAAAGAUUCUUGCUUUAUGACUAUGGAUUUGUCUGAUUGUCCUUUUGGACUAGUGAGUCCAAAGGGUCUGCACCCUUUGCCAUUGCUUUGAAAUCAAGUGCAUAUCUGCUGGUGUUCUGUUAACUCCUGUUGGUAUUCUCUUUAAGAUGGCUGUGAACAAUCGCUGUUUCGUGGAAUGGAAAGAGCAGUUUGUUUCUCAGGAGCGCGGUAAUCGCGUGGUUCACUAUUACCUGAAGGAUUCUGCAGGGGAACCCGUCCUUGCAGUUGUGGGCACUGAGAGGAGUGUUAGGCACAUGUGCUAUGUUGUUGCUGAGGAGUUCCUUGAAAUUUGUGGGAAGGAGGGUUCCAUUCCAACUGGUUUCAAAUGGAGAUCUAGAAGGGAGGUGGUAGAUUGGCUGACAUCAACACUAUCGAAGCAAAAUCUGCAGGGAGAUAGAAGUGUAUCAUCUGGUCAUAACUUGGUACCAGCUCAUGAGACCACAAAUGACACUGUCAACGAAAUUACUGGUCUGUCUGUUCAAAUAACAGAUGACAAGGACUUUCCUAUGAGUAACUCCAAACUAUCCAAUUCAGACAUUGUUUGGUCAGGAGUUGCAUGGAGAUGUGGCAAACAACUUAAGCAUUAUCCAGCUUUUUUCAGGAAUGGCAUCAAAAUAGCGAUUCAAUCCUUUGUUUUUGUUAUGGGCAAGGGAGAGAACCAUUAUAUUGCUUAUGUAGAGGAUAUGUAUGAAGACAGGAGGGGACAGAAAAAGGUCAAAGUGAGGUGGUUUCACCAUAAUCAGGAAGUCAAGGGUGUAGUUCCUGUAAGAAAUCUUCACCCUCGGGAAGUUUUUAUCACACCUUAUUCUCAAGUCAUUAGUGCAGAGUGCGUAGAUGGUUCUGCCACAGUCUUAACUCGUGAACACUAUGAAAAAUGCAUGCCUUUUUUUUCCCCCACUUCAAGGGACAGAAUACAUUUGUGCUUUAGGCAGUUUAGAAGCAACAAAGUCAAGCCCUUUGACUUCAGUAAACUGCGUGGUUACUAUACUCAACCAAUUCUUUCUUGCUUGCACCAUGAUUCAAUCCAGAACCCUGAGAGCCUUGUGGGAGAAGAUGAAGAGUUGAGUGCAGGUGAGGAUGUGAAGGUAGGAGCCAAGAGGAGGAGAGGUGAUAAGGGGUCUCCUCAGUCUUGGAUAAGUCGCCAGGGAGUUAGGAAGUUAAUUAAGAGUAAGCAAAUGAUGGUAUACAAAACCUUCCAGGUUGCAAAUUAUGCAAGAUCAGAAAGGAGAUUGCUUUCUCGGAAGCAGGUUGAGUGUCAACCUUGGUCUAACCACACAUACAAGGUUGAUGACAAGAUAGAGUUACUUUGUCAAGAUAGUGGCAUCAGAGGCUGCUGGUUCAGGUGUACAGUUGUUCAGGUAGCCCGGAAGCAGUUGAAAGUCCAAUAUGAUGAUGUCCAGGAUGAAGAUGGAAGUGGAAAUCUUGAGGAAUGGAUCCCUGCUUUCAAGUUAGCCAGGCCUGAUAAACUUGGGAUGAGGCAUUCUGGCCGCCCCACCAUCAGGCCAGCUCCAACUUAUGAGGAACAGGAACUAGCUGUUGAGGUUGGAAAUGCAGUUGAUGCAUGGUGGAGUGAUGGCUGGUGGGAGGGGGUUGUAACUAGAAAUGACAACUGUGGUGAUGAUAGUGCUCAAGUCUACUUUCCCGGUGAAUGCUUGCUGAUGAAAGUGUGCAAGAAGGAUUUAAGAAUAUCUAGAGAUUGGUUAGGGGACAAUUGGAUUAACAUUAUGGCAAAACCUGAAAUAACUAAAACUAUUAUAUUCACAGCUAAUAAUAGUUUUAACACAGAGCUUUAUGUGUCCCCAUCUAUCGCUAAAGAUGUGGACUCUGUUGGUUUUGCUAAUUCAUGUCAUGGUGAUCCUGUUAGUAAGAAGUCAAAUGAACCGGUUAUCAAAGAAGUGAAUCUUGUGUCUUGUGAUGGCUCUACUAAAGAAGAGAAUUUUGUGUCUUGUGAUGACUCUGCUGAAGAUAGGGACUGUGUUCAGGAUAAUAAACCCUCUUCAGAAAAAUGUACUCAAGCUGAAAAUAUUGAUUCAGAUGUCAAUUGUGAUCAUGAAGACAAUUGUGUUGAUAAUGAUAAUGAUAAGAAUAGCGAUGAUGGUGGUAACAAGAAUGAUGAUGAUAAUGGAAAUAAAGAUAUGGAGGUAUUUGAAACUUCUGUACUGGAUGGAGAAACUGUAGAGCUCAUGGAAGUGGCUGUAUAAACAAAUUUUUUAGAACUCAUGCAUAAAGUUAUGGUAGUUCUGAUUGUAGAGCUUUGCCAUCAUCUCUUAUUGUGUUGUAAUCUGUGUCCAAUGUUAGCCUGAGAAUGUAAAUAUUUACACGGUUAUGUGGGAAUCUGAUUGAUUGUUAACUUCUUAGUUGUCUUCAUAGGUGUACAGUGUUGAGUGUAAUGUGCUAGUGUGUGUUGUCUUCCUUUCCAUUGAUUGUAAUAGAGAGUAGUUUCUUUUAUGAGACAAAUAUUGUUGAGCAAUUUUGGUUUCAUUUAUUUGAGCCAAUACUGUAUUUUAAGAUCUGUGUGCCGAAU